AUGGGGGACUCCCUCGAUGGGAGUGAAAAUGCUCCAGAAGCGCAAAAUGUCGUCGUUGUCGACUUUCAAGAUUUUGCGAAUUAUCUUCGACGAGCUGCAACGGUACUUUUACCGGACGAUGACAUCGUACCGCCGACUCUUAACGCUGCAUUGGAGGAUAAAGUGAAUCAAGACUGCAUUAGAAAGUUCAUCUCCGAUUCACAAGUCUGCUCCCUGUACGUGCAGAGAUUUUCGUUGAAGGAAGAUGACAGCGAACAGCCAACUGAAGGUGAAGAAGAAAAAGAAGCAGUCACCUAUCAGAUCAGCAAUGAGGUACACUUCACAUCACCCAGAGUGGCUGCCUUUGUCUGUAUCAAGCGAGGAGCAGUCAUUGAAGCUGACAAAUCUAUUCAUAGUCAGCUACGUCUGAUUAACUUAUCUGAUGGCUCACCUUAUGAGACACUUCACGCCUUUAUCAGUAAAACUAUGGCACCAUUCUUCAAAAGCUAUGUUAAGGAGAGUGGGAGAGCAGACAGAGAUGGAGAUAAAAUGGCACCAUCAGUUGAGAAGAAAAUAGCUGAGCUAGAAAUGGGUCUCUUGCAUCUCCAGCAGAAUAUUGAUAUUCCUGAGAUAACACUUCCAGUUCAUCCGUUAGUUGCUGCUGUCAUUAAAAGGGCAGCAGAUGAAGGCCGUAAGCCUCGGGUUGCAGACUUUGGUGACAAAGUGGAAGAUUCAACUUUUCUUAACCAACUUCAAAAUGGAGUGAACAGAUGGAUAAAGGAGAUACAAAAAGUCACCAAGCUAGAUCGAGACCCAUCUAAUGGAACAGCUUUACAGGAAAUAUCAUUUUGGCUUAAUUUAGAAAGAGCCCUGCAUCGCAUACAAGAGAAGAGAGAAAGUAUUGAAGUUGCCUUAACACUAGAGAUUUUGAAGUAUGGCAAGCGUUUCCAUGCUACAGUCUCUUUUGAUACGGACACUGGACUUAAACAAGCUCUUGCUACUGUCUCCGACUACAAUCCACUAAUGAAAGAUUUUCCGAUUAAUGAUUUGCUCAGUGCUACUGAACUUGAGAGAAUAAGAUUAGCAGUGCAGCAAAUAUUUUCACAUCUUCGCAAGAUCCGGUCUACGAAGUAUCCCAUACAACGUGGUUUACGACUUGUCGAAGCUAUUUCUCGUGACUUGGGACAACAACUGCUAAAGGUUUUGGGCACUCGGCGUUUGAUGCACAUUCCGUUUGAGGACUUCGAGAAAGUUAUGACUCAGUGCUUUGAAGUGUUCUCCUGUUGGGACGAUGAAUAUGAGAAACUUCAAGGUCUAUUGCGCGAUAUAGUAAAGAAGAAGCGAGAUGAACAUCUAAAAAUGGUGUGGCGUGUGUCGCCAUCUCAUAAGCGGCUGCAGGCGCGUAUGGAGCACAUGCGUCGAUUCCGAAGGCACCAUGAACAACUGCGCACUGUUAUGUUGAGGGUGCUUCGCCCUCGAGCUACGCCUGCAGCCGACACUGGAGGCAGCGGAGAGCCCGCUCAGCAUCACUCCUUGCCUAUGGAUGCAGCAGACGCUAAUGCCAUCGCUGAGGUAAACCUUGCGUAUGAGAAUGUGAAAGAAGUGGACUGCUUGGAUAUUUCGCGUGAAGGAUGCGACGCAUGGGAGGCAGCCGUCAGGCGAUAUGAAGAUAGAAUUGAUCGCGUGGAGACACGUAUUACCGCUCACCUGCGGGACCAACUGGGCACAGCCAAGAACGCGAACGAGAUGUUCCGCAUUUUCUCGCGUUUCAACGCACUGUUCGUUCGUCCGCAUAUCCGUGGUGCUAUACGCGAGUACCAGACGCAGUUGAUUCAGCGCGUGAAGGAUGACAUAGAAAAGCUACACGAAAAGUUCAAGGUGCAAUAUCCGCAAUCAAAAUGUUCGCGGUUAUCUCUCGUCCGCGAUUUACCACCUGUAGCAGGUUCGAUCAUAUGGGCAAAGCAAAUAGACCAUCAGCUUACUGCUUAUUUGAAGAGAGUGGAGGAUGUGUUAGGCAAAGGUUGGGAGAAUCACAUUGAAGGGCAAAAAUUAAAGGCCGAUGGAGACAGCUUCCGACUCAAACUUGACACUCAAGAGGUGUUUGAUGAAUGGGCUCGAAAGGUACAGCAACGUAAUCUCGGCGUUUCUGGUCGUAUCUUCGCGAUCGAAACAGUUCGAGCUCGGUCUACCAAAACUGGAACUACAAUACUGAAACUGAAAGUUAACUUCUUGCCUGAAAUUAUUACUCUGUACAAAGAAGUGCGCAAUUUGAAGAACUUGGGUUUCAGAGUUCCCUUAGCUAUUGUCAACAAGGCUCAUCAGGCAAACCAACUGUACCCAUUCGCUAUUUCUCUGAUUGAGAGUGUUCGUACUUACGAACGCACCUUGGAAAAGAUACGUGACAAGGCGUCUAUAAUACCACUCGUAGCGGGACUGCGAUGUGACGUCUUGAAUCAAGUUUCUGAAGGCAUGGCGCUUGUGUGGGAGUCCUAUAAACUCGACCCCUAUGUUCAAAAGUUAAGCGAAGUUGUUCUCAUCUUCCAAGAAAAGGUGGAAGAUUUGUUAGCGGUCGAAGAACAGAUCUCAGUUGAUGUACGCUCUUUAGAAACCUGCCCGUACUCUGCGCAGAGUCUGGCCGAUAUCUUAAGUCGGCUGCAAAGGGCUAUUGAUGAACUGUCUCUAAGGCAGUACAGUAACUUACACUUAUGGGUGCAGAGACUUGACGAAGAGGUCGAGAAAAGUUUGGCAGCUAGAUUACAAGCUGGUAUUGAGGCUUGGACCGCGGCGUUGCUUGGUAAGACUAGUGAAAUGGACUUGUCUAUGGACACCUACUCGCCAACCGAACCAACCCACAAACCAGGUGGAGAGCCAGAGAUCGCUCGCGUAGUGCACGAAGUACGUAUUACGAACCAGCAAAUGUACUUGUUCCCAUCACUGGAAGAGGCUCGCUUCCAGCUCAUGCGGCAAAUGUUCGCCUGGCAAGCUGUUGUCACCAGCCAACAUCGCUUACAGAGCACCAGAUACCAAGUGGGUGUAGCUCCUGCUCAAACAGCUACCUACAGGAACCUGCUCACAAAACUGCCAGGAGGGUCUUCUCCACUAGAAAGUGUUUAUCAGGCUAUUGAGAAAAAGAUUACUCAAGUUAGGGAAUAUGUCGAUGAGUGGCUGCGUUACCAAGCCUUGUGGGAUCUCCAACCUGAAACCUUAUACGGCCGUCUCGGAGAGGAUAUAACAUUAUGGAUUAAAUGCCUUAACGACAUCAAAAAAUCUCGAACUACCUUCGACACUUCGGAUACUCGUCGUGAAUAUGGGCCAGUAGUUAUUGACUUUGCACGGGUACAAAGUAAAGUCGCGCUUAAAUACGACGCGUGGCAUAAGGAAGUGCUGGGCAAAUUCGGUGCUUUGCUUGGUGGAGAGAUGGUUCAGUUCCACAGCAGUUUGGCCAAGUCUAGGGGGCAACUUGAACAGCAAACGAUUGAGGCAGCGUCAACCAGUGAUGCAGUAUCUCUUAUCACCUACGUGCAACAACUAAAACGUGAAGUCUUGGCUUGGGAGAAGCAAGUUGACAUCUAUAGGGAAGCGCAACGCAUUCUAGAGAGACAGAGAUUCCAAUUUCCUGCGAAUUGGCUACACGUAGAUAACAUCGAAGGCGAAUGGAGUGCAUUCAAUGAAAUCAUGAGAAGGAAGGAUUCUUCUAUUCAAACUCAGGUGGCUUCCCUGCAACAAAAAAUCGUAGCUGAAGACAAAGCAGUAGAAGCUCGUACAGUCGAAUUCCUGACAGAGUGGGAACGCAGCAAGCCCACAGAUGGAUCCACUAGACCGGAAGACGCACUGACGCGCCUUAACGCUAUGGAGACUAGAUACACCCGCCUUAAGGACGAGAGGGACAACGUCGCUAAAGCUAAGGAGGCUUUGGAACUACAUGAUACAGGUAGUUCAGUUAACAACGAGCGUAUGACAGUGGCGUUAGAAGAGUUGCAAGAUUUGCGUGGUGUGUGGUCUUCUCUCAGCAAGAUUUGGACCCAAAUCGAUGACAUUCGUGAUAAGCCAUGGCUAUCCGUACAGCCAAGAAAGCUGAGGCAACAAUUGGAAGCGAUGUUGAAUGAGCUGAAAGAACUUCCGGCUCGUUUGCGUAUGUACGACAGUUACGAAUACGUACGCAAGCUAUUACAAUCGUACACCAAGGUGAACAUGUUAAUAGUGGAACUAAAAUCUGAUGCGCUCAAAGAACGGCAUUGGCGUCAACUUUGCCGCGCCCUCAAAGUAGAAUGGUCUCUAUCUGAACUCACUUUGGGCCAAGUUUGGGAUGCGGAUCUGCUUCACAACGAGCACACGGUGCGCGAUGUCGUGUCCGUUGCACAGGGAGAAAUGGCGUUGGAAGAAUUCUUGAAACAGGUGCGAGAGUCCUGGCAGAGCUACGAACUGGACUUGAUUAACUAUCAAAACAAGUGCAAAAUUAUACGAGGUUGGGAUGACCUGUUCAACAAAGUUAAGGAGCACAUCAACAGCGUUGCUGCUAUGAAACUAUCGCCCUAUUAUAAGGUAUUCGAAGAAGAAGCUCUUACCUGGGAAGAGAAGCUCAAUCGAAUUAAUGCUCUAUUUGACGUUUGGAUCGAUGUACAAAGAAGAUGGGUUUACCUGGAAGGCAUUUUCAGUGGUUCAGCCGAUAUCAAGACGUUGUUGCCCGUCGAAACUAGCCGUUUCCAAAGCAUUAGCUCUGAAUUCUUGGGGCUCAUGAAGAAAGUAAGCAAGUCGCCAAUGGUAAUGGAUGUUUUGAACAUCCCUGGCGUGCAAAGAUCCUUAGAGCGCCUGGCUGACCUUCUUGGCAAAAUUCAAAAGGCAUUGGGAGAAUACCUAGAAAGAGAAAGAAGCAGCUUCCCGAGGUUCUACUUUGUUGGAGAUGAAGACCUGCUAGAGAUCAUUGGUAACAGCAAGAACAUAGCUCGUUUACAGAAGCACUUCAAGAAGAUGUUCGCUGGAGUGGCUGCUAUCAUAUUGAACGAAGACAACACUAUUAUCAACGGUAUUGCUUCUCGUGAAGGGGAAGAAGUUUACUUCACCUCUCCGGUAUCGACAAUUGAAAACCCCAAAAUCAACUCGUGGCUAUCGAUGGUGGAGCGAGAAAUGCGUGUAACCCUCGCCUGCCGUCUCAAAGACGCCGUCGGCGAUGUUAAACAGUUUAAGGAUGGAAACGUUGAUCCACAGAAAUUUAUUGAUUGGUGUGAUAAGUAUCAGGCUCAAAUCGUAGUUCUGGCCGUUCAAAUCCUAUGGUCAGAAGAUGUUGAUGCCGCACUAACUGGUGGUGGCGGUGAUAGCCUUAAACGAGUGUUGUCACACGUUGAAAAUAUGCUGAAUAUUUUAGCCGAUUCUGUCCUGCAAGAACAGCCACCCUUGAGAAGGAAGAAGCUGGAACAUUUGAUUAAUGAAUUUGUCCAUAAACGUACAGUGACUAGACGCCUCAUUGCAAACAAUGUGAACAGCGCACGCUCCUUCGACUGGCUCUCCGAGAUGAGAUUCUACUUUGAUCCCAGGAAUAACGAUGUUCUCCAACAACUGACGAUUCACAUGGCGAACGCAAAAUUCCUAUACGGUUUUGAGUACCUCGGCGUACAGGAUCGUCUGGUUCAGACCCCGCUGACUGACCGCUGUUAUUUGACAAUGACUCAAGCGCUUGAAGCUAGGCUCGGUGGCUCGCCAUUCGGACCUGCCGGUACUGGAAAAACCGAAUCUGUGAAAGCUUUGGGUAAUCAAUUGGGUCGCUUCGUGCUGGUCUUCAACUGUGACGAAACCUUUGAUUUCCAAGCAAUGGGAAGGAUAUUUGUCGGUCUUUGUCAGGUUGGUGCCUGGGGUUGCUUUGAUGAGUUUAAUCGUCUGGAAGAGAGAAUGUUGUCUGCUGUGUCGCAGCAGGUACAGACGAUUCAAGAAGCGCUUAAGAGUCACCAAGAGGGCGAUAAUACAGCAAAAUCAAUCACAGUGGAGUUAGUCGGCAAACAAGUGCGUGUUAGCCAAGAUAUAGCCAUCUUCAUCACGAUGAACCCAGGCUAUGCUGGCCGUUCCAAUUUGCCGGAUAACCUCAAGAAACUGUUCAGAAGUCUCGCGAUGACCACCCCAGAUAGACAACUAAUCGCUGAAGUUAUGUUGUUUAGCCAAGGUUUUAGAACCGCUGAGAAAUUGGCAUGCAAAAUUGUUCCGUUCUUUAAAUUAUGUGAUGAACAACUGUCGAACCAGUCGCAUUACGACUUCGGUCUGCGAGCGCUCAAAUCCGUGCUCGUCUCUGCUGGUAACGUUAAACGUGAUCGCAUUCAAAAAAUUAAGGAGAAUCUUAAAGAACGUGACACGGAAGUACCGGAUGAGGCUUCAAUUGCUGAAUCUCUUCCUGAACAAGAUAUUCUGAUUCAGUCAGUGUGCGAAACUAUGGUUCCAAAACUGGUAGCUGAAGAUAUACCGCUAUUGUUCUCCCUACUAAACGAUGUCUUCCCCAACGUCGGUUACACGCGCGCUGAAAUGACCGGUCUCAAGAACGAAAUCCGAGCCGUCUGCGCUGAAGAAUUCCUAGUAUGCGGUGAAGGUGAUGAACAGGGAACUACUUGGAUGGAAAAGGUUCUUCAAUUGUACCAAAUUUGCAAACUCAACCAUGGUUUGAUGAUGGUCGGUCCCUCCGGCAGUGGAAAGUCGACUGCGUGGCGUGUCUUAUUGAAAGCUUUAGAAAGAUUUGAAGGCGUCGAAGGAGUGGCUCAUGUGAUAGAUCCCAAAGCUAUGUCGAAGGAAACUUUGUAUGGUGUACUAGACCCGAAUACGCGUGAAUGGACUGAUGGAUUGUUCACCCACAUAUUAAGAAAAAUCAUCGACAACGUACGUGGUGAAAUAAAUAAACGACAAUGGAUUAUUUUCGACGGUGAUGUUGACCCCGAGUGGGUAGAAAAUCUCAACUCUGUAUUGGACGACAAUAAACUGCUUACCCUACCGAACGGUGAACGUCUGUCGCUACCACCAAACGUCCGGGUUAUGUUUGAGGUACAAGAUUUGAAGUACGCGACCCUAGCUACAGUAUCUCGAUGUGGUAUGGUGUGGUUCUCCCAAGAUGUCCUCAGUACUGAGAUGAUCUUUGAAAACUAUCUUUUAAGGUUAAGGAACAUACCCCUCGAAGAUGGUGAAGAAGACUCCUUUAGCAUUGUGGUGGCCGCGCCUACAGCUGGUGGUGAUCAGAAUGCUACAGAAAAUAUUUUAUCACCAGCUCUUCAGACGCAACGCGAUGUUGCUGCUAUUCUCCAUCCCUUGUUCUAUGGAGACGGUCUCGUUGUCAAGUGCUUAGAAAGGGCAGUGUCACUCGAUCAUAUAAUGGACUUCACGAGGCAUCGUGCGUUAUCUUCACUUCACUCUAUGUUGAACCGUGGUGUCAGAAACAUUCUCGCCUACAACCGGCAACACCCCGAUUUCCCCAUUACUCACGACCAGCUGGAAGCCUACGUACCGAAGUGGCUCGUGUACUCACUACUAUGGUCCUUUGCUGGAGAUGCGAAACUCAAGGACCGCAAUGAAUUGGGAGACUUCAUCAGAUCCGCAAGCACUAUGCAGUUGCCAAAUUGUGGAGCUAACCAACAUAUUAUUGACUUUGAGGUAUCAAUAACUGGUGAAUGGGUUCCGUGGUCCGCUAAAGUACCACAAAUCGAAGUGGAAACCCAUAAAGUGGCAGCACCCGAUGUCGUUGUGCCAACGCUGGAUACAGUUCGCCACGAAUCAUUAUUGUACACUUGGUUAGCCGAACACAAGCCUUUAGUGCUAUGCGGCCCUCCGGGUUCCGGUAAGACGAUGACGCUAUUCUCUGCUCUACGAGCGUUGCCCGAUAUGGAGGUGGUCGGUCUCAACUUCUCUUCGGCUACCACACCUGAACUACUGCUCAAAACCUUCGAUCAUUACUGCGAGUAUCGUAAAACACCGAAUGGCGUUGUAUUAGCACCUGUACAAUUGGGCAAAUGGUUAGUAUUAUUCUGCGACGAAAUCAACUUGCCCGAUAUGGAUCAAUACGGAACCCAACGUGUCAUUUCGUUCUUACGACAACUUCUGGAACAUAAAGGGUUCUAUAGAGCCAGUGACCACUCUUGGGUGCACUUGGAGCGUAUUCAGUUUGUGGGCGCUUGUAACCCGCCUACAGAUCCGGGACGUAAGCCUCUAUCGCAUCGUCUCCUACGACACGUGCCCGUUAUAUACGUGGACUACCCCGGAGAAACUUCCCUGGAACAGAUCUAUGGAACCUUCACACGCGCUAUGCUCCGCAUGCAGCCGGCCCUUCGUGGUUACGCCGAACCAUUGACCCAGGCCAUGGUUAAACUGUACCUCGCCUCACAAGAGCGCUUCACGCAAGAUAUGCAACCGCAUUACGUUUACUCGCCUAGAGAGAUGACUAGAUGGGUGCGAGGCAUAUGUGAGGCGAUCAGACCACUUGACAAUCUAUCAGUGGAAGGUUUGGUACGGUUAUGGGCUCACGAAGCACUACGCUUAUUCCAAGACCGUCUCGUAGAUGACGUAGAACGUCAAUGGACUGAUGAGAACAUCGAUACCGUGGCAAUGAGAUUCUUCCCAGGUAUCAACAGAGAGCAAGCUCUCGAAAGACCAAUACUGUACAGCAACUGGCUAAGCAAGGACUAUAUACCGGUUCAAAGGGAUCAACUACGUGAAUAUGUUAAGGCUAGGCUGAAGGUAUUCUACGAGGAAGAACUAGAUGUACCCCUUGUCUUAUUCGACGAAGUCUUAGAGCACGUGUUGCGUAUCGACCGUAUUUUCCGUCAACCACAAGGACAUUUGCUACUUAUUGGAGUAUCAGGAGCCGGAAAGACUACUCUCAGUAGAUUUGUAGCUUGGAUGAAUGGUCUUAGCAUUUUCCAAAUUAAGGUGCACAAUAAAUAUACUGGUGCUGAUUUCGACGAAGACUUACGUUCGGUACUACGUCGGGCCGGUUGCCGUGAUGAGAAAGUUGCGUUCAUACUCGACGAGUCUAAUGUUCUUGACUCUGGUUUCUUGGAGAGGAUGAACACCUUGCUUGCUAAUGGAGAGGUUCCCGGUUUGUUCGAAGGAGAUGAAUUUGCCGCUCUCAUGACUCAGUGUAAAGAAGGCGCCCAAAGAGAAGGGCUUAUGUUGGACUCAAACGACGAACUGUACAAAUGGUUUACUGGUCAAGUAAUGCGUAAUCUUCACGUAGUAUUCACGAUGAACCCAUCCUCCGAAGGCUUAAAAGAUCGGGCGGCGACAUCACCUGCCUUAUUCAAUCGUUGCGUACUCAACUGGUUCGGAGACUGGAGCGAUUCAGCGCUUUUCCAGGUCGGUAAAGAGUUCACGACUCGCAUGGACCUGGACUCCUCAGACUAUGUGCCACCGGAGUUAUUCCCAGCUGCCUGCAGCGUGGUGAGCGCGCGACCUUCACAGCGGGAGGCCGUGGUAAACGCCUGCGUCUAUGUCCACCAGACCUUGCAUAGAGCUAAUGCCAGGCUCGCUAAACGGGCUAACCGCACCAUGGCUAUUACGCCCAGACACUACCUAGACUUCAUCCAGCAAAUGGUGAAGCUUUACUCAGAGAAGCGCGCCGAUCUGGAGGAGCAGCAGCUGCACUUGAACGUCGGUCUGGGCAAGAUCGCCGAGACCGUCGAACAAGUCGAAGAGAUGCAGAAGAGUCUCGCUGUCAAAUCACAGGAAUUACACGCUAAAAACGAAGCUGCCAAUGCGAAACUUAAACAGAUGGUUAAAGAUCAACAAGAAGCUGAGAAGAAGAAAGUUGAAAGUCAAGAGAUUCAGGUCGCUUUAGAGAAGCAAACAAAGGAAAUAGAAGAGAAACGUAAAGAUGUCAUGGCUGAUCUCGCUCAAGUGGAACCAGCUGUUAUUGAAGCGCAAAACGCCGUGAAAUCUAUUAAGAAGCAACACCUCGUGGAGGUCCGGUCCAUGGCGAAUCCCCCGGCGCUGGUGAAGGUGGCCCUCGAGUCCAUUUGCCUGCUCCUCGGCGAGAACACGACCGACUGGAAAGCGAUACGCGCCGUUAUCAUGAGAGAGAAUUUCAUCAACAGCAUCGUCUCGAACUUCUCCACUGAGGAUAUCACUGACGACGUUCGGGAAAAGAUGAAGACGAGGUAUCUUAGUAACCCGGAUUACAACUUCGAGAAAGUAAACAGGGCUAGUAUGGCUUGCGGUCCUAUGGUGAAAUGGGCCAUUGCUCAGAUUGAAUACGCUGACAUGUUAAAACGUGUUGAGCCGUUGCGUAAUGAACUCCAAGCUCUGGAAGACCAAGCGCAGACGAACGUAAAGGCUGGAGAUGAAGUGCGUGACUUAAUAGCGCAGUUGGAGAAGUCAAUCGCCUCAUACAAGGAGGAAUAUGCACAACUCAUCAGUCAGGCACAGGCGAUCAAAACUGAUCUGGAGAAUGUUCAAGCUAAGGUGGACAGAUCAAUAGCUCUCUUAAAGAGUUUGGUAAUAGAACGCGAAAGAUGGGAAUCGAGCUCGGAAACUUUCCGUUCCCAAAUGAGUACAAUUGUGGGUGACGUAUUGUUAUCGGCCGCUUUCAUAACCUAUGGCGGUUACUUUGACCAACAUUAUCGUCAAAACUUGUUCUCGACCUGGACGGCACAUUUGGCAUCUGCUAAUAUCAAAUAUCGUCCAGAAAUUGCCCGAACGGAAUACCUCAGUAACCCAGAUGAAAGGUUGCGUUGGCAGGCGAACGCUCUGCCUACCGACGAGUUGUGUGUUGAAAAUGCUAUUAUGCUGAAGCGCUUCAACCGUUACCCACUAAUCAUAGACCCGUCAGGACAAGCGACUGAAUUCAUAAUGAGAGAAUUUAAAGACAGGAAAAUCACGAAAACUUCUUUCCUGGACGAUUCGUUUAGAAAGAACCUGGAGUCGGCUUUGCGUUUCGGUAACCCGCUGCUUGUCCAGGAUGUGGAAAAUUAUGACCCGAUUUUGAACCCUGUUUUGAAUCGCGAGCUGCGACGUACCGGUGGGCGUGUCCUGAUAACGCUAGGAGAUCAAGACAUUGAUUUGAGUCCUUCAUUUGUUAUAUUCCUCAGUACAAGGGAUCCAACCGUAGAAUUCCCCCCCGACAUGUGCUCUCGUGUGACAUUCGUCAACUUCACUGUAACGCGGUCUUCACUUCAAUCGCAGUGUUUGCAUAGAGUACUCAAAGCAGAAAGACCAGACAUUGACACCAAACGGUCUGAUUUACUUAAGUUACAAGGUGAAUUCCACUUACGUCUUCGACAACUCGAGAAGUCGUUGCUUCAAGCAUUGAACGAUGCUAAGGGCAAAAUAUUAGAUGACGAUUCGGUUAUUGCUACUCUUGAAACGCUCAAGAAAGAGGCUGAUGACAUUGGUCAAAAGGUGGAAGAGACCGAUAAAGUCAUAGCUGAAAUUGAAACUGUCAGUCAGCAAUACCUACCCCUUUCACAAGCGUGCAGCAGCAUCUACUUCACAAUGGAGUCGCUGCACCAAGUUCAUUUCCUAUAUCAGUACUCGCUGAAAAUGUUCCUGGAUAUCUUCAGUUCAGUUCUUGUGUCGACUGCGCUCAACGGCCUGUCUGACUACACCGCUCGUUUGAAGAUCAUCACUGACGAAUUGUUUACCACUGUGUACGAGCGUGUAGCCCGUGGAAUGCUUCACACAGACCGGUUGACGUUCGCUCUACUCCUCUGCCGCAUUCAACUAAAGGGCGCAGGCGCAUCGGAUACAUUGGACCAACAGUUCGCCGUUUUCCUUCGAGGCCGAGAAGGUUUCGUGUCAUCCUCUGUACAGCCGCCGCUCGACGCGUUGACACCACAGCAGCACGAAGCUGCUGCAAGACUUAGCUCUAGAUUGGUCGCGUUCCGCAAUCUGCUUGAAAAGGCAAGAUCGCUGCCGGAGCUAGGAGCGUGGCUCUCGCAAGCUGCGCCCGAGCAGUGUGUCCCAACACUUUGGGACUCGGAGACUACUGCGCCGGAGCAGCCGCACACUCUUGCGAUGGCUCGACUUCUACUUAUACAGGCAUUCAGGCCCGACCGUGUCAUCGCGGCUGCCACCCAACUGGUAGCGUCAGUUCUAGGACAGUCGUUCAUGGCCCGCGCAGAAACGGAACUGGAAUUAACUACCCUCACUGAAACCGAAUUAAACGCCACGACCCCGGCGUUGCUUUGUAGUGUACCCGGAUAUGACGCUAGUGGUCGUGUGGAUGACAUGGCUACGGAACUAAAUAAGCCACUCUCAAGCAUCGCUAUAGGUUCCGCUGAAGGUUUCAACCAGGCUGAACGCGCAAUCAACACCGCUUGCAAGUCGGGCAGAUGGGUGAUGCUCAAGAAUGUACACCUAGCCCCUGUAUGGCUAGUCCAGCUGGAGAAGAAACUUCACUCUCUACAGCCCCACCCGAGCUUCAGGCUGUUCCUCACCACAGAGAUCAGUCCUAAGCUACCUGUCAAUCUACUGAGGGCGUCCCGUGUCGUUGUAUUUGAACCGCCACCUGGCAUUCGCGCCAAUUUGCUCAGGACAUUCGCUACAGUACCAGCUGCGCGUAUGAUGAAGCCGCCAUCAGAGCGGGCAAGGCUUUACUUCCUACUGGCUUGGUUCCAUGGCAUCGUGCAAGAGCGUCUCCGCUACGUACCGCUCGGCUGGGCGAAAUACUAUGAGUUCAAUGAGUCAGACCUCCGCGUGGCUUGCGACACACUCGACACUUGGAUUGAUGCUACUGCUAUGGGACGUACCAACCUACCACCAGAGAAAGUACCGUGGGAGGCAAUCGUCCGUCUUCUAUCACAGUGCAUCUAUGGUGGUAAAAUCGAUAACGCGUUUGACCAGCGCUUAUUGCACUCGUUCCUCACCAAACUUUUCACACCGAAGUCCUUUGAGGCGGACUUUGCUCUGGUUGCAAAUGUGGAUGGGGCAAGUGGAAACCAGCGUCACAUCACCAUGCCAGAUGGGAAUAGACGUGAUCACUUCUUCAAAUGGAUUGAGGAGUUGUCUGACCGGCAAUCUCCCUCUUGGCUUGGCUUGCCGAACAACGCCGAAAAGGUACUGCUGACCACACAAGGAAGCGAUCUUGUAUCUAAACUCUUGAAGAUGCAGCAGCUCGAAGAUGAAGAGGAACUUGCUUAUAACGCAGCCAAUCAAGACGAUCCAGCCAAUUUGAUAGUUGUGGAAGGCGAUGGUCGCCCAGCCUGGAUGAAGUCCCUUCACCAGACCGCUACAAACUGGCUUCAAGUUUUACCUAAGGAGUUGCCUACACUGCGUCGUACUGUUGAGAACAUAAAGGAUCCAUUAUACCGUUUCUUCGAGCGCGAAGUGGCGGCCGGUGCUGCUCUACUACAACAAGUGCUCCACGAUUUAAGGAAUGUUAUUGCUAUUUGUCAGGGCGAAAUGAAACAAACAAAUGAGACGCGAGCAAUGGUAGGGUCGUUAGUGCGUGGUAUGCUCCCGAGCGGAUGGCGACGUUACGCCGUGGCCCGCGGUUGUACAGUACAGCAAUGGGUGGACGACUUUGCUCGUCGUGUCAUGCAACUGGCCACAGUUUCGGAAACAGUCUGCGAACGUGGUGCUAAGAGGCUUCAGAGCAUUCCUGUAUGGUUGGGAGGUUUACUCAACCCGGAGGCCUAUAUAACGGCCACUAGGCAAUGUGUCGCGCAGGCAAACUCGUGGUCCUUGGAAGAACUCAAUUUACAGGUGACCAUCCCGGACCCAGGUGUGGAGACGGACAACGCUCAAACCGAAUGGUCGUUCAGCGUGACAGGCCUUAAGGUCCAGGGUGCCACGGUCAAAGGCAACCGUCUCUUACUCACUAAUACCAUCAUGGUGGAUCUACCUCUCACCGUUCUAACUUGGAUACGCGGCCCAGAGCCGGCGAGUUGCGGUCAGACGCUAACACUUCCAGUAUACUUGAAUAGCGCUCGUUCGGAAUUAUUAUUUACUGUUCGUUUGCCAAUCGCACCUGGCCAAGAACCGCAUGCGUUCUACGAACGAGGCGUCGCACUUCUCACAUCUACUGCACUUAAUUAA